UUUCAUUAAUAUUUGUAUGUACACAAGAGUCUACACUUAUAUUGUUACAACAAGAUCUCGUUUUUGAUAUCAUUGCGCAGGCAACAUACAUUGAAUAUUGCUCCGUGUGUUGCAAGAACAGACCAGCAGAGAACAGACGAUAUAUCGCAUUUGACGGGACAUUAAUUAACGGGAGUAUCUGUCACAGCAAUAGGAUUAGAAGCAAUAGGAUGGAGGGGGCUGGAGAAGUCAAUGUUGGUGGAGACAUUCAUGGAGACAAUGUCCAGGUUGGGAACAGGAACGUUCAAAUUAUCAUCCAAGGUGUGAAGAAUCACAUAGGAGAUGUUCAUGCAGCAAAUUACUUUUAUGCACAUCUAGAGAUUAUCAUUACGCAUGGACUGUUGAACAAGAUUGAAAACUAUAUCGAGGAUAAACAUUUGCAAGAAAGGGGUAUCAGAAUGGCGAAGAAGUUGUACAUAUUUGUGCCUAAAUAUGGAAAGUGCCCCAGAUUGAUAAGUACAGUGGACCCAAAUAUGAAAAAGAAAGAUUGCAUUGAAUUCGAAGCAGACUAUGCCGGUGCUCCAAGGCCUUACAAGAAUACAGUGUGGGAAUUUGAGAAAAAUGACCAGAGUUAUCAAGUGGUUGCUGAAUAUGGAACCAUUCUCAAUGCAUUGACAAGGAUGCCAACGCUGGAGAUAGAAGAAAUUGAAAAAAUAACCAGAAAAUUUCGUAGUGCGCUUCAAAUCUUCAUCAAUAACCUUGGAGAAGCUGGUCAAUUUGUUGAACUAGUGGAUAUAAAUAAUCCAUCUGAAAUGAGAUCAGAAUCUGACAUCCUGAAGGAGAAAAUAGA